GCAUCAAAUGCAUUGACAUUCUCUAUCUUAUAUUACUAAUUAAUUAAUCUAUUAUUAAGUUUCUAAUAAGAAACGCAAAUCGCUUGUCUUUCUCAUUCAAAAACAGCCAGCCACGGGUUGCCUUUGGACUCAUUCGUUCUUUCUCUCUCUUUCUGGAAAUCGAUAUGAGGGAAAAGUAAAGCAGGUGGUGAAAACAAGAGGCAGAGAAGAGAUACAGAGAGAGAGAGAGAGAGAAGGGAGAGAUUGGUGUGGUGUUUUAAAGGGGUUUUGGAUUUUCCUUUUAUAUUUCUUCAUUGCGGAUUCCGCCUCUGAUACAUAAACGUCCUUUUAAUUCCUUCUUAUUCCCAAACUGUGACACAUCUCUUCGCCGUUAUCCUUCGCCACCUUUAUCACAACUCGUCUAUUCCUUAUCUAUAAUGGCCGUUCAAGCUCAAUACCCGUCUAACGUCUUACUCUUAAACAGAAACGGGCAGGAUAGGAAGAACAUGUUAGGAGGAGAUUACUCGCUGCAAGGGCAAGCAGGGGGAUUGCUUGAUCAAUCUCAGAUGUUAUUCAGCAGUGGAGCAGGUGUUAAUCCACGUAAGAGAGGAAGAGAAGCUGUCGCUGCUGGGGGAGCGACGCCUAUCAAUCUAUUCGCAUUGCAGCCUCCGCCUCAUCCGACGCUUGUAAAUCUCGCGCAGCUCCAGAACCAGCAACAGGCCGUGGUUUCUACAGGCCUGCGUUUGUCUUUCGAAGACCACCAGCAGCAACAACAACAGCAACAGCAAAUGGGUCUUCUUCUUCCCUCAUCCAAUCUCUCCUCCGUCCUAUCAGAAGACCUCUCAGCCCAAAUCAAACGCCAGAGAGACGAAAUCGAUCAAUUCCUACAAGCCCAGGGAGACCAGCUGCGGCGCACGUUAGCAGAGAGGCGACAGAGGCACUACCGUGCGCUCCUGAGCGCAGCUGAGGAAUCAGCCGCACGGAGGCUACGCGAGAAAGACGCCGACGUGGAGAAGGCCAGCCGGCGGAACGCCGAGCUGGAAGAGCGGGUGGCGCAGCUUAAGGCAGAGGCGCAGGUUUGGCAAGCAAGGGCAAGGGCGCAGGAAGCGACGGCCGCGUCUCUCCAAUCACAGCUGCAACAGGCCAUGAUGGGAGGCGUAGGAUUAGGUGCGCAGGAUAGAAGAGAAGACGCAGGGUGCGCCGGAGGCGAACUGCCUGCGGACGACGCCGAGUCAGCCCACAUCGACCCAGGCCGGGUCGUGUCAUCCGUACCACCGUGUCGGACUUGCUGGAAGCGGGCGAUGACGGUGGUGCUGCUCCCGUGUCGGCAUCUCUGCGUCUGCACCAACUGCGACUCCGCCAUCGACGUUUGCCCGAUCUGCAACUCGGUCAGAAGUGCCAGCGUGGAAGUCUACCUGUCAUAACUGAUGGAAGCCGAAGAACAGAAAAAGAAAAAAGAAAAAUAAUUUAAAUUUAAUAAAAAGGUUAUUUAAAAAAAAAAAA